CAGGAGCGGUGGUUGCCGACGCCUCUCCCGCCGGCUCCUCGCAGGAAGGCACCGCCCGGGCCGCCCCAGGCUGUGUUGGCAGGCGGGCGGCGCGGCCCCUCGCCCGGCCCGGCUCCCCACCAUGCUGGACGGGCUGAAGAUGGAGGAGAGUUUGCAGAGCGCCCUGGACCCCGCGACCCCCUUCUCCUCCUUGCUGGGCAGAGCCGCGACCCCCAAGUCGGUGUGCGAAGGGUGCCAGCGAGUGAUUUUGGACCGGUUCUUGCUGCGCCUGAACGACAGCCUGUGGCAUGAGCAGUGCGUCCAGUGCGCGUCCUGCAAGGAGCCCCUGCAGACCACCUGCUUCUACCGCGACAAGAAGCUCUACUGCAAGCUGGACUAUGAGAAGCUGUUUGCAGUGAAGUGUGCGGGCUGCCUGGAGGCCAUCGCGCCCAGCGAGCUGGUGAUGCGCGCCCAGAAGAGCGUCUACCACCUGCGCUGCUUCUGCUGCUGCGUCUGCGAGCGGCGCCUGCAGAAGGGCGACGAGUUCGUGCUCAAGGAGGGGCAGCUCCUCUGUAAGGGCGACUACGAGAAGGAGCGGGAGCUGCUGAGCUUGGUGAGCCCGGCUCUGUCGGAUUCUGGCAAAAGUGAUGAUGAGGACAGCAUCUGCAAGUUGGGCCAGGCCUCGGGGAAGGGUGCUGAGGACGGGAAGGAUCACAAACGGCCCAAGAGGCCACGGACCAUCCUGACCACACAGCAGCGGAGGGCGUUCAAGGCAUCGUUCGAGGUCUCCUCCAAGCCCUGCAGGAAGGUGCGGGAGACGCUGGCAGCGGAGACGGGGCUGAGUGUCCGUGUGGUGCAGGUCUGGUUCCAGAACCAGCGAGCAAAGAUGAAGAAGCUCGCCAGGAGGCAGCAGCAGCAGCAGCAGGACCAGCAGAACACACAGCGCCUGAGCUCAGCCCAGACAAACGGCGGGGGCAGCGCAGGGCUGGAGGGGAUGCUGAACCCUUACACUGCCCUGCCGCCGCCGCAGCAGCUGCUGGGCAUGGAGCAGAGUGUGUACGGCUCCGACCCCUUCCGGCAAGGGCUCACCCCGCCCCAGAUGCCCGGAGACCACAUGCACCCCUACGGUGCCGAGCCCCUCUUCCACGACCUGGACAGUGACGAUACCUCACUGAGCAACCUGGGGGACUGCUUCCUCGGCACAGCAGAUGCAGGGCCGCUUCAGGCACGAGUGGGGAACCCCAUUGACCACCUGUACUCCAUGCAGAACUCCUACUUCACCUCCUGAGCGCAGCGUGGUCCCGCAGGAGGGGCCGCGGAGCUCCCGCGGUUGGGAGGGAGGGAGCGGCGCUGCCGGGAUGCCGUCAAAUUAUGUUGUAGCUUGGGAUUCCCAAGGAGCGAGUUAAGUUAUGGGUUGCAUAGUUUCAUGUUUCUCUUAGGAGCCUAGGAUUAGGGACAGGAGUGGUUUUUGCAGCUGGCUGGUGGGUUUUCAAAUUUCAAACGGGGACACGAAUUUCUCCUGUCGGCAAGGGGAGGGGGGGGUUCUCCUGUAGGAGCAUCCCAGCGCUGUGUCCCACCUCCAGAAAGAGCAAACUGCCAAUCUUCGUGAGGAAAGCCUGCAGCACCAGCUGGGCUUUGAAAUUUGAAAAGCUGACAAAGCUGUGGGGAAGGAAACACGAGGGGAAAACGUCGCUGCAGGGUUUGGUUUUUUUCCCUCUGUUCCCUUAACAGGUUUGAGUGCCUGCUGCUUAAACGUAGGGACUUUAAAGAUAGAUGUUCCCAUGCGAAUAUAGAAAGCUAGAAACCCCUAACAUUGUCCCUGUCCCCGAGGAUGGGGCUGUGUGUGUGGAUGUAUGUGUGUGUGGGUGCAGUGCCGUGUGGCUGCCAGUGCUGCGCUGCACGGCCACGCCUGCCAGAUUGUAUCAACAAAAAAGUUUAUUUCUAAGUCUAUCAGAAAUUUACUGUACAGCAAAAGUAACUUUAUUUUCAGUGUGAACCAUAUUUAAGGAAAUACUCAAUGCACUUAAGUUAUAAGAGGAAAUAAUUUUACUUUUUAUAAGCGUUAUGUUUAGGUUGCAGAAGCCCAGUGGCAGGGAAGGAGCAUCAGUUCAUUUCAGGCCAUAGGUUUGGGUUUUGGGGUUGGUCAUUUUUGGUGUUCUCAGGUUGCCCCACUGGUUUCGAGGUGCAGUUGAAACACAGAGCAGAGCUGGGUCCAGAAACCUGCUUUUUGCCAGGAAAAAAGGACGCGUCCAGGAGGUCGGUGUGGACAUCCCAGCCCAUCGGGGCUCAGCCAUGCUUCUCCACAUCACCUUUUCCUUCUCCAGCAGGGCCCAGCCUGCCUCCACCAGCGACCCCAUCCCAUAAUAUCCUCAAAUCUGGGUGCUAGGCCGGUGUGAGCUGGUGUCCUGGCCCUGGGAAACGCUGCAGCCCACGUCCCCACCCCUCAGGGGAAGCAGGGACAGCCCUGCCUGCUUCGGCUUCAUCCCUGUGGGAAAACCUGGGGAAAGUUCUCCUUGGGGUCAAGCCUUCAGCUGGCCCUCACCUCAAAUCCCCACUCUCGUUUUCAUGCGUUGUGUCCUUUUGUGCUGCUGUUCACAAACGAUGUAAGCGACAACCCGUAAAGACGUGCGAGUGACUGUGAGGCUCCAAACACUGGCUGGUCGCCGCCGCCCGGUCUGGCACUGAAUGUAGCAGGGUCUGGAGAUGGCCGACCCGGCGGGAGAUGCUGACAGCACUGUCAGAAAUCACGCACCGAGAUGAAA